AUGGCGUUUUUUCCCUCGAGGAAACAGGAGCAAUGGCUAACGAGUCCGGGAGUUAUCAGUGGCCUAGGCUUCUCAACAUGCUGCCGAUUGAUGGAUGAAUUCCUUGUCUCACGCCCAGAUAACCAGUCUCUCACCCUGAUAUUUACCACCCGCAGCGAGAAGAAGAGCAACGAGACCCUUGCGCAACUGAAAAACCACCUGCGAGCCACGGCUAAGAAGCUAUGGGGGCUCGAAGGAUUGGCCAAAGCGGAGUCGCGCAUAACAUUUAAACCUGAACACGUUGACCUAUGCGAUCUUCUCUCCGUUCGCGCCAUGGCCAGACGAGCUGUUGCGGAAAUACCCAAACUUGAUGUCCUCAUACUCAAUGCCGGGAUUGCAGGUUUCACAGGGAUCAAUUGGCCGUUGGCGUUUUGGUGUGUCUUGACAGACACAAUAUACGCACUCACUUGGCCUGCUCGCUAUACCUAUAGUAAUGUCGGGGUUAUGAACAGGAAACAAACUUCACAGCCUGACGAACCACCAAUGGGCAAGAUUUUUUGCGCCAAUGUAUUUGGACAUUACAUGUUGACGCAUUAUCUGCUCUCGGUGUUGGGCAAGUCCACGCUCAAGCCUGCACGAGUGAUUUGGACUUCUAGUCUUGAGUCAACAAGGGAUUUUUUCAGCGUUAAUGAUAUGCAGGGUCUCAAGGUUGCGGAGUCGUACCAGUCUGUCAAGUACUUGACCGAUCUCUUGAUUCUAACCGAGCCGCUUUCCUCGUCAGCCCCUUGGGCAGAUAAGUAUCUCACCCCAUCAACAUGCAGUGGUAUGGAUACCAAUGCAGCCAGCUAUACAAGGCCUAAGAUGUACCUCAGCCAUCCCGGAAUAUGCUCUACUUCCAUUGUCCCCCUUGCACUUCCCCUUAUCUGGAGCAUGAUGUUUGUAAGCUGGAUAGCGCGGCUUAUGGGAUCACCAUGGCAUGUUAUAGACCCUUAUUCUGGGGCUAAUGCAACAGUCUGGUUGAGUCUUUCCCCUAAAUCAACACUAGACGGUGCUGAGGCAGAAUAUGAGCGUUUAGGCGGGGGGAAGCCGAAGUGGGGCUCAGCAUGCGACAGACUUGGGAGACAGUGCGUUGCUUCUACAGAGGUUGAGGGCUGGGGGUAUGCCGGUGUAGUUGGGCCGGCAGUUUUGGAAGCUGAUAAGUCACGACGACGGAAGCGUGGUGCCACAGAUCUUACGGCGGAAGAAAAAUCAACCUUCGUUGAUGCCGGACGAGAUUGCUGGAAACAGAUGGAGACGCUGAGACUUAGGUGGGAGGAUCUUCUUUCCAGAGAGGAGGCUAACAAUAUUAAGUUAUGA